AUGCCAAACGUCAAACUCAACGCUUAUAACAAGCAAAACAUUUUGCUGACACUGCCUAAAGGCAAAACAUUACGGGAUAUCAAGUGGAUAGCAGUUUGGUGUCAGCUCUUCACUGUAAACUUUGGUCACGUGAACGUUCCCUAUAACUUCCCGUUCCCCAAAGAGCAAAACUUGGGUCCGAUUCCAACCCUCGGUCACAGAACACACGCCGACGCCGUCAUCAUUAAAGACGAGAAGACAUUAUUUAUAAGGCAUUCAACACCCGAUGCCUUCUUCUUGAUGGGAACCGGUAAUAAACCACACGAACACGCCGUCAAAAUUCCCGAUGAAAACGGCAGUUUAAAUAAAAUUCGUGGAUAUCGUGGUGUGGAUAUCACUCUCCGACUGCCCGACAAUCACACGGUUUCAUCGUUCCCUAAUUGCGAGACAAUAUUUGCGGAUCAAUUGCAAGUGAGUUGGGAAGUGAGACAUCCAGACAUAUACAUCCAGUUGGAGGGGAGAGUCGGUACGACGCCCGAUCAAUACAUCUCUUUUGGUUUGAGUGGUUCGACACAAAGGGCACAAAUGGUCGGCGCAGAUGUUGUGGUCGUCUUCUAUGACUCCGUCAGCCAAAAAGCAAAAGUAGUUGACUAUACGCUGACAGCGAAAGCACAGUGCGCUCCGCAGUCCAACAGUGGCGCCUGUCCUGACCAAGUGGUCGGCGGCAGACAGGACUCUGAGCUUAUUCUAUGGCAUUAUAACGACGGUGUCCUCAAAGUGUCGUAUAAACGAAAACUCUAUACCAGAGACGACGUCGCGGACGAAGAGAUUAUUGUGACGAACCCUAUGGUUGUGGUCGCGGCUAUCGGUCCACUCAAUAGCAAAAAAGAGGCCGCAUUUCAUAACAUUGAAUACACCAGAGCUUCAGACAAACCGAUAAAAAUACUUUUCGGAAAACUUCAAAACGAGAGGAAUUGUGAUUUACUGUCAAAUCCGUCUAAUGUUAUUCCCAGCGCUUAUUAUUCUACGGUCGAGCCCUGGAAUCCAAGCGUUAUAUACGCCCAAAAUAAUCAAGUGUUUAGAGUAGUUAUAGGACCGGCUGGCGGUGACCGCGGAUAUACACCCAUCACAGGAGUCCAGUCUUGGGGUAUCGCUUAUUGGGUCGACGAUAAGCUUAUUCCCGAAAUCCAUGUCCAGAGAGGAGACAAUUACACAUUUGUUGUGGAGGCGGGCAAUAAUCCGUCAAAUCAGGCCAAAUAUCAUCCCUUGUAUAUCACAGACAACAGAGAGGGAGGCGGUGGUCAACGACCGCAAGAACUAAACACUCCCAACCAUAUGGUGUACGCGGGCGUCGAUUUGUCAAACAGUAGACCGGAUCCGUCUCCCGGAGCCGGUCGUUACUGUGAGCUCCAGUUGGAAGGCAUAGAUACGGCAAAUGUGAGCAAUUCUAUUGAGGAAUAUCGCAAGACAUUGAAAUUGAUAAUAGUUGGAAACGUUGCCACAUUUACGUGGAGUCCCGAUGAGACCACUCCAGACAUUGUCUAUUAUCAGUGUUUUACACAUCGAAACCUCGGCUGGAAAAUAGUGGUCAACUCUGCACUCAAAUUACAAUCACUUCAUUAUAUCUUUUCCAUUGUAUUCCCAGAGUUUGCGAAAAUGAGAUUAAAAUGUUUUGAUUCACAAGUGAUGAAUGAUUAUUAA